GCUAUGUUUUGAAUGUCACCAUUCAUAACGAACACCCCUAGUGAUCGGAUGUUUUUGUUUAUGUUAUAAUCAUUUUGGGUGCUUGGACAUGCUAAACAUUUUACACGCAUUAUAUAACUACAGCAUUGUGGUUAGGAUUCAUCCUUUAUUAAGGUAAUUGAAAGCAAAAAUAAACAUUUCAAUUAUAAAAGUGAAUCAUUUCGUUCUGGAAAACGUGCGGUACUAAAAAUAUUUCAACGCUAUUUUGGAUGUGUUUAUUUCUUUACUAUGCAGAUGUUUUGCCGAAAAAUAUUUCAAAGGACUGAAAUAUUUCCGACAGACGAAUGUGAAUCAUAGUAGAUUAAUGUUGCCACUGUAGUACCUAUAAUGUGAUCUUUAAUAUAACAAUAUAGCUAAAACAAUGGAGGACUACAAUAAACAUUUUAACACACCCGGGAGCCAAAACUGGCUCAAAGAGUCAGUGGCGGUUAAUAUUACAAAACGAGGACUUGCUCCAUUCGCUUGUAAGGUUUGUGAUGACAUUCGUGUCGAAAAGUUAAAAACAGCAUUAAAUCAAGUUUUGCCUGACCUCUGUGAGAACUGCUCCAUUGUUGAAGUAAUACCGUGUGACACUAAUAACAACAUUUGUAAUGCAGGACAAUGCCGAUUUCAUAAGGGGCGUGUUUUUCGCCCGUGCCUUAUAAUUAAAUGUAACGAGUAUCGUAACACUGUUAUCGAAAACAUCAAAAAAGGGAUCGAUUUAGGUUUCACUUGCAAUAGCUGCAGCACAAAAGAAAUCGUACAGUGUAUUCUAGGAAAUAGAGUCUGCAAUUCGGGAAGGUGCAAAUUCCAUAUGGACCAAAAUACAAAACUUUUUAUCCAAAACAGGCCAUGUCCGAGUAACAUUUGUGAUACGCUCCGGGAUGCCAUAGAACAGAAACACAGGUUUGGGUUUCCAUCAUGGAAGAACACCGAUGCAAGGAAAUGGUGUGUUAAUGCCUGGGAUAUUGCUAAGUGCUUUAUGCCCCCAGAUGGCUACGCAGAUGUUGACAAUGAGGACGAUACUGACUUGAACGGGAUAAUUAGUGUCUACAUCAACUGUGAAGAGUUUCAACAGUAUUUUACAGCUGACCUAUCCAGUCGACAGAGCAUAUGCGACAAGGUACGUGACGUCGGAAAGCAUAUUCGCCACGUUCCCGGAUUGGAGGUUACGGACGAUGACUUGAAAGUCCGGUUAACUGAUCUCAAGACUUUAUUUGCUGACCCAACUUUCAACAAAGAAAAUCCUCUUGCGCAAGAUGCAAUUGACCAAUUGGAUCAGCUAGAGAAAGACGAACUUGUGAUUCGACCUUCAGACAUCAAAGCAGCACUUGACCUUAAAGAAAUAUUCGUAGAGUUGAGAUCCGGAUUAGAGAGAAAAUCGUCGGCCCUUGGUGACGUGCUUGAUUGCAAGUCAGAUGAAGGCGUCAAUGCUAUACAAGAUGCUACAGAAAGAGCCAUCCAAGACAUAACAGGGUUGAGUGAGGAUAAACGAGCCUCAUUUAAAUCAGAUCUGAAUAAGGCUCUCAUAAAAUAUCACCGGGAGAACAACUCAACGCUGACGCUUGGUCAUUUUCUUGAGACUGUAGAUGGACUCGAUGAAUUUUAUAUUCCACCAAAUAUUAGUAGAGUUAUUCCUCAGUCAAUGCAGACACACGAGACAUCAAAAGAACACACCACAGAACCUCUCACGAAUCUGGAACAAUUGUUCAGUUCAAAAGGUAUAAUCAUUCUUACCGCAGACGCUGGUGUUGGAAAGACAUCAUUUUGUAAGUUUUUGGUUGCCUCUUGGUGUAAGGUACAAGAGGGAUCGACCGAUCUGAAACCGACGGUUAGUGGCACCCAAACCGUUUUUAGCGAUAUCGAGUAUUUAAAAGAGUUCACAUAUUUGUUUUACAUAAAUUUACGUGAAAACCAAUGUAAUAAAUUAGAGGAUAUCAUUUUCUCGCAUACGGAAUUAGUUGACACAAAAUUAACGCGGGAUAAUACUACCUUUGAUGAAAUCUUAUCUAAAGAAAACGGUUUGUUCAUUUUAGAUGGCUUAGAUGAAUGUAACGUUCCUUCCAUUAUGCCCCUAGCCACUAAUAGAAACUAUACCAUUCUUAUAACAUCACGUCCUUGGAAACUUGCAAAUAUAAAUAUGGUCAGUAAUAUACACAUGCGCAAAUUGAGGCUAUGAAACAAGAUAUGUCGAAAGAACUUGUGAUUCGUGCGAACGAAUUUUUAAACAAGCAUUUCAAGACAUCAUAUGAGACCAGUGAUUUCGUACAUGCUGUUCAGAUUCAACAUGUAGAAUCUCAUCUCCAAAAUCCCAUGUUUGCACUGCAGUUGUUAUGCGUCUACCACAACAAACGCAGUGAAAAUAAAACAUAUCCAACGAAUGAAGCCAUGGGCAGUACAGAGUACAAAACAGAGUCAGAUUAUCACAAGCAGAAAUCGAUGAACCUUGGUAAGACAAGAUCGCAUUUGUACGCAAAUAUGAUAGAACUGAUGCUACGUAGUGCCGAAAAGAAAGAUAAACCACUCGUACAAGGUCUAAGUGAGUUAUAUAAGAAUAAUGGUCAAACACAUGCACUUCCCGAAUGUUUUGAUGAAAGAAAUUACACAUGCUGUGGUUUAGCAAAACUACUUCACGAUAUUGGAAAGUUGGCUGCCUCUUCACUCUUAGGCGAUAAUAGAUCUUUAAUAGAAGAACACCAAAUAAGGAAACUUAGGAAAGAGGAAACGACAGUACUUCUUAAAUCUGGACUUCUUUCGAACACAAGCCUGAAAACGAUAUCAGAAGAAAGAAGUUUGUACACAUUUUUACAUCAGACUUACAAGGAGAUGCUAGCCUGUGUGUUUCUAUCUUCACAGGAUUUCGAUAGUGAUGUAUGGAAAAAGUUUAUAAACAAAUUUGAAACUGUAAUGUCACCCGAUAUGUUGUCGUUUUUAUGUGUCAUGAACUACGAACAAGGUUGCAAGUGUUUAGACAUAUUUAAUGAAAAAGAACGGCUGUUUUAUAGAGACAGCAUGUUUUACAUUUCCGAUCUAAUUGACUAUCAAUCUACAAUUACAUUAGCCCACAAAGAAUGUUCCGACAAUGGCGUUAAAACGCCGCGAAUUUCGUUGAAACAUAUACUGCUCGAACAAGAUUCAGGCAUUGGACCGUACCAUGCACUUUUGAAAGCAAGCGGUAUAAAGCUGGAAACAAUUGUCAUACGCAAAUGUACGUUUACCACAGCAAUAAAUCCAAACUUAUUCUCAGCAUCUUUGGCGUAUUUAUUAGUAGAAAGAACUACUUUCCACGAUGAUCAUAUCGACUUUUCCAUAUGUACACAUCUCGCAAUAUUAAUUAUACAGGAGUGUCACCUGGCCAGCAUCACCAUCAACCCAUCUUACCUAGAGGUUCUCUUGUUGUCCAUUGGGUCAGAGGUGAGGCAGGAAUUGCCUCACAUUAAUGUGUCCUUUGUAGGCGGGUCGCAUUUCUCUAAUAGUCUACAGAAACUCUGCUUAGAGCACGUGUCCAUGGAUGGCCACAUUGAUUUAGCAAAUUGUCGGAAAUUACAAAGUUUAUUUAUAAAUUACACCACAUCUGAAGGGUUGACAGGAAUAUGCGACGUAUGUAACAUGCAAUGUUGUGAUGCACUACAGGAAAUACACCUUCACACAUUGAUAUUCCCGUCAGAUACUCACUUGGAUCUCAGCGGUCUCAGACAUAUCUCCAAAAUAACAAUUCAGAAUUGUCACCUGACCAACAUCACCAUCAACCCAUCUUACCUAGAGGUUCUCUUGUUGUCCAUUGGGUCAGAGGUGAGGCAGGAAUUGCCUCACAUGAAGGUGACUUUUGUAGGCGGGUCACAGUUCUCUAAUACUCUACAGGAACUCUGUUUAAUGCACGUGGCCAUGUAUGUUUCUCUUGAUUUGGCAAAUUGUCAGAAAUUACACAAAUUAAAUAUUGAAAACACCACAUCUGAAGGAUUGACAGGUAUAUUCGACGUAUGUAACAUGCAAUGUUGUAGUGCACUACAGGAACUACGCCUUGAUGCAUUGACAUUCCUGUCAGAUACUCACUUGGAUCUCAGUGGUCUCAGACAUAUCUCCAAAAUAACAAUUCAGAAUUGUCACCUGGCUAACAUCACCAUCAACCCAUCCUGCCUAGAGAAACUCUGGUUGUACAUGAGGUCAGAGAUGAGGCAGGAACUGCCUCACAUGAAGGUGUCUUUUUUAGGCGGGUCGCAUUUCUCUAAUAGUCUACAGAUACUCUGCUUAAUGCACGUGUCCAUGGAUGGCCACAUUGAUUUAGCAAAUUGUCGAAAAUUACAAAGUUUAUUUAUAAAUAACACCACAUCUGAAGUGUUGACAGGAAUAUGCGACGUAUGUAACAUGCAAUGUUGUAGUGCACUACAGGAACUACGCCUUGAAACAUUGAAAUUUCCUGCAGAUACUCACUUGGAUCUCAGCGGUCUCAGACAUAUCUCCCAAAUAAUAAUAGAUGAUUGUCACCUGGCUAACAUCACCAUCAACCCAUCUUGCCUGGAUAUUCUCUGGUUGUACAUGAGUUUAGAGUGGAGGCAGGAAUUGCCUCACAUGAAGGUGUCCUUUGUAGGCGGGUCGCAGUUUCCUAAUAGUCUACAUAAACUCUGUUUAAUGCAUGUGGCCAUGUAUGUUCCCCUUGAUUUGGUAAAUUGUCAGGAAUUACACACAUUAAUUAUUGACAACACCACAUCUGAAGGGUUGACGGGUAUAUUUGACGUAUGUAACAUGCAAUGUUGUAGUGCACUACAGGAACUUUGCCUUACAACAUUGAAAUUUCCUGCAGAUACUCACUUGGAUCUCAGCGGUCUCAGACAUAUCUCCAAAAUAAGAAUACAGAAUUGUCACCUGGCUAACAUCACUGUCAACCCAUCUUGUCUAGAGGUUCUCUGGUUGUACAUGAGGUCAGAGUGGAGGCAGGAAUUACCUCACAUGAAGGUGUCCUUUGUAGGCGGGUCGCAUUUCUCUAAUAGUCUACAUGAACUCUGCUUAAUGCAAGUGUCCAUGGAUGGCCACAUUGAUUUAGCAAAUUGUCGGAAAUUACACAAAUUAAUUAUUGACAACACCACAUCGGAAGGGUUGACAGGUCUUUGCGACGUUUAUAACAUGCAUUGUUGUGAUGCACUACAUGAACUACGCCUUGAAGCAUUGAAAUUUCCUGCAGAUACUCACUUGGAUCUCAGCGGUCUCAGACAUAUCUCCAAAAUAAUAAUAGAUGAUUGUCACCUGGACAAUAUCACCAUCAACCCAUCUUGUCUAGAAGAACUCCUGUUGAAGAUGAGUUCAGAGUUGAUGCAGGAAUUGCCUCGCAUGGAGGUGUCCUUUGUAGACGGUUCGCAGUUUCCUAAUAGUCUACAGAAACUCUGUUUAAUGCACGUGGCCAUGGAUGUUCCCCUUGAUUUGGUAAAUUGUCAGGAAUUACACACAUUAAUUAUUGACAACACCACAUCUGAAGGGUUGACGGGUAUAUUUGACGUAUGUAACAUGCAAUGUUGUAGUGCACUACAGGAACUAGGCCUUACAACAUUGAAAUUUCCUGCAGAUACUCACUUGGAUCUCAGCGGUCUCAGGCAUAUCUCCAAAAUAACAAUACAGAAUUGUCACCUGGACAAUAUCACCAUCACCCCAUCCUGCCUAGAGAAACUCUGGUUGUACAUGAGGUCAGAGUGGAUGCAGGAAUUGCCUCGCAUGAAGGUGUCCUUUGUAAGCGGGUCGCAGUUUUCUAAUAGUCUACAUAAACUCUGUUUAAUGCACGUGACCAUGGAUGUUCCCCUUGAUUUGGUAAAUUGUCAGGAAUUACACACAUUAAUUAUUGACAACACCACAUCUGAAGUGUUGACGGGUAUAUUUGACGUAUGUAACAUGCAAUGUUGUAGUGCACUACAGGAACUACGCCUUGAUGCAUUGACAUUCCUGUCAGAUACUCACUUCGAUCUCAGCGGUCUCAGGCAUAUCUCCAAAAUAAGAAUACAGAAUUGUCACCUGGCCAAAAUCACCCUCAACCCAUCUCAGUGGUUCCAAAUACCUCUUCAAAUUAGCUAUAAUGUACACGUGGCCAUCACCCCGUCUCCCCUAGGGUAGUUUUUGGUUUACGAAGGUCAGAAUUGAUACAGGAGGUAGCACCUAUAAAGGUUUGUUUUUGUUGGAGUGUCUACUGAGACGCAAUUUCAUGAACACAGCGUUCAGUCAUAGCGUCUGUUUCUCUUCCGACUGUCAGAUCAGUUUCAAAAACAAAUAGAUAGACCCAUACAAACGGGAAAUGUCAGCCUUUCGCAUCUAGAGGAGGUUCGAUUGUCUGGUGCACAAACAGAAUUUUGCGACAGUGUUUUACAUUUGAUAUCUGAAUGUUAUUGUCCUUGUAAAAGAAUAUGAUUUGAUAACGUAUCUACUGAAAUAUUAAAUUCAUUGACUGUUAGUCGAGCCCGUGCUGAGAUGUUUGAAUCAUACAAGUUUCGCUUAAAAUGUUUAGACAUAUUUUUUAUCAAGACGAUUGCUGUAGAGAAGGUUGGAUUUGAAGGCGUGUGUAGAGUGUUCAAGCUCAGCAGCGUGUAGCCUUGCUGACAAGUACAAAUACUUUUCAAGCCUCAGCCAAUACUGCAGGCGGAAUGGUCGAACUGCCAGGCGAGCUCCGUGUAUCAGAUAUCAGUUUCUAUGAAUGUCCUGUUCUGUGUUCAACAGUUGAGGAAGUAGAAUCGGCGAUUGUAUGUUUGCGACAGGUUUGGGGAAUGCAGAAAUUCGAAACACCCAGACGUAACUGUCGACACCACUUAUUUGGGUGAAGAUAUUAUAUGCGAGAAUCCAGUUUUUUAGCACACCGAAUAGGCAUCUCCGGUUCAACUGUGCUGAAAAAUUCAUUCUAGCACACCGGAUAGGCAUUUCCGGUGAAUUCAGCUGUGCUGGAAAAUUCAUUCUUGCACACCGGAUAGGCAUCUCCGGUGAAUUCAGCUGUGCUGGAAAAUUCAUUCUAGCACACCGGAUAGGCAUUUCCGGUGAAUUCAGCCGCGCUGGAAAUCUCCAUCUGGCAUCCCCCAUGCCAGAUGAGUCACGCGCUGUGACGUAUUAAUUUCAAUUUCUUUUAUAAUUUACUUUAUGUAAUCAUAAUUUUGAGAUUUAAAUAGAUAAGUUCCAUAAACAUUAACUUUAUA